UUGUCUCCAUGUUCAGCAGUAACAGAUGUUGCCUCUAGACACAAUAUGUAUAUGCUCUAAGCUGGAGACAAUUUGAGAAAAGGAGAUACGCACGAUUAUUCAAGCCUUGCGGUUCGUUUUUAUAGCCACCGAUUAUCAACAACUAUAAAAACGAGCCGAAAAACUCGAAUACAUAAUCGUAUGUAUCUACCCUUCCCAAAUUGUCCAUUUUUGUGUACAAGCUGAGCGUCAAUUAGGGAGAAUUUACUGUAAUGCAUAGAACAUGCUAUAUGAUCUAUCAAAGAAUUGCUUUUUCCAUCUAACCAAUUGCUCAACCUUCCACGCACGACAAUUUUAUCAAUAAUCAAUGAAUUUUAUAAAUAAAUGUACAGUUAUAUUUUCUAAGUUUGUACGUGAUGCGUAGAAUGACAUUUUCCGUUUGGUUGCUAAGCAACAGUUUACAAUCAAUAACAUAACCUAUACUACUACUUCAUAUAACCUCUAAUACUAUUAAAAUUUUUAUUCGAAGACAAAGAGAAAUUAUGAAUUUUGUGAGAUUUGUAUGUAUAUAGAUAAUUAGACCAUACUUGGCGUGAUUUAUAUUAUUUUUACUUCAUAUGAUUCCAAUGGUAUGAGUUACAUGACUAAAAUAUCAUUUACGUUAAAUCGAUUUCAAAGAAAUCAGUAUGCAAGACUCAUUUCAAAUUACCCUGUACAUCAUAACGAAAAACGAGGUCUUUUCUAUGUAAAAUUGGAAGAUAAUUCAAAAGCUGUGCUACAAUAUAAUACAGAUGGAAAGGUUUUGGAUAUGCAAGCAAUUAAUGUGCCUUAUAGAUAUACAGGAAAAGGUUUAGCUCGACUCCUUACUGAAACAGCAUUUACAUAUGCGAUAUUAAAUUCUUACUACAUGUUCUUGACCUGUGAUUACGUGCAAAAAUACUACCUUGCAGUUAAGAACCCUGAUUUAGAAGAACUUAUUGUCGGACCUACAAAUAUACUAGAAGGACCCGACUCAGAACCAUUAGAUCAUGACAUCAUUUAUGAGUUGCCCGAUCCUGAAGACUUUUUGAUAAAUUCUAUAUAGUAAUUUUGUUGCAAUGAUAGCGCACAUUUUAAGAAAUUGGUAGACCACAUAAGCAACUUUCUAUUCACACAUUUACCGUUACAAUUCAGUAUUUUACAUCAU